AUGCCUCCUGGAUGUGUGGACGAUAGUACCUCGACUACAAAGGAUACUUUGAGUCUUUUCGGGGCUGCUAGAGACAAGUUUCUCGAUUCUCUGUCCCCUGAUCAUAAAAAACUAUUCUCACCCUGCGCUUCGAGUGAUGACUUCGUCAAGGCGAUUGACAAACUAAAGGCCGCAGCGGGCAGAACCUCUACGAAGGCUGCCAAGGGGUUGAAAUGUCUCUAUACCCUAAACACGUUCCUCCAGCCUUAUUUUGAUGUUGUGGGAAUUUUCAUCCAGUGUAAUCCGGAAAUCUCCGCCAUAUUCUGGGGAGCUCUCCGCCUAGUUCUCGAGUUGUCUAGUCGGGUUCAGACGUUCUUCGACAAACUUCUCGAGCUCCUUGUCCACCUUCGAGAUGCGUUUCCCAGGUACGCUGACGUAGUCAGCCUGUGCAAAGAUGCGGGUUCUGAACGAAUUCGACAAAACGUGUUGGAAGUAUACGUGGACAUGCUGGAGAUAUUCCAGGCUGCGGUAAAAGUGUUUGCGAAAUCAAGCGGAAAAAUCAAGAGAACACCGGUCGUUCUAGGUACACUCCUCUGGAAGCCUUUCGAUAUCAGAUUCAACAGUCUGAUCCAGAAAAUGAAUGUCCACAAGGAGAACAUCGACGCAGAGGUCAGGAUAUGGAAACUGAAGCGGGACGAUCAAAACUACACAGAAACGAUGAUUUGGCGAAAGUAUAUCAGCCAAGAACUGAAGGAUGCAAAGGAAGAGCGUCGUGUGUUGUCUGAAGAAAAACGACUCACUGACCUGGGAAAGGAGGCGGACUUGGAAUCAAGAAAGGAGAUUCUAACUAUUCUAAGGGAGAUUCAAGCUGAGAAACGUAAAUUAGAGGAGCGCCGUCUUGGUAAGUGCCUGGUAUCGAACUAUUCCUCACACAUACAGUUGGCAUGUUUAAGACCAUGGAAACUAAUCCUUCGUGAAGAAGAAACAGUUGAACGAAUUCAAAAGUGGCUCGACUCUCCAGGCUCUGCUGGAAUUCGAGAAUUACAUUCGCGGCUUAGAGAACCUAACACCGGAGAGUGGAUUUUGGAUCAUGCUCAAUACAAAUCAUGGAUUCAACCAAUAACGAACGAGACGAAGAGCCAACAUAGUCGCCGGUUUAGGAGAAACAUGCUAUGGAUUCAAGGCUAUCCUGGAUCUAGAAAAUCAGUCCUCGCGAUAUUUCUACUAGAUACUUUAGAGACUUAA